UCCUCAGUUCUUGUCGAAGAAGAAACUCUUCGUGACUACAAGGCGGAAAGGGUUUUUCCUGUCAAAAUCGAUCAAGCUUUCAACGACCGGUAUCGAGUCAUCAGUAAACUGGGAUAUGGAUCGGCGUCAACUGUGUGGCUUUGCCGCGAUCUUCUUGAAACCAAUAAAUAUGUCGCUUUGAAGGUUUAUGUUAACAGCUCGAAAGAACAUCGUGAGCUUCCGGUCUACGAGCAUAUCCAAGCACUAUCUUCCGACCAUAAUGGUCGCCACCGCAUCAGGAGACUUCUUGACUCUUUCGAAGUUCAGGGUCCUCAUGGCAGACAUAUUUGCCUUGUUCACGAACCACUUGGGAUCAGCUUCGAUGAAUUGAGAGAUUUCACAGCUGGCAGAGUGUUCGACGAGGACUUGAUACGGCAGACCUUUCGUCCCAUAUUGGAAGGAUUCGAUUUCUUGCACAGGGAAGCCAAGGUGAUCCAUACAGAUUUCCAACCCAACAAUGUGCUCAUAGGCAUCCAAGACAAUUCGGUGCUGGACAAGUUUGCGAAAAUGGCAAACGAAAACCCUGUGCUAAGGAAGGAACUCUCGAAUCGUAUUAUCUAUGUUUCUCAGCCGAUGCCGUUGACCAAAGGACUACCGUCCUUAUCCGAUUUCAGCGAAGCACGAUUCGGAACCUGUACGCAGAGUGGUCUCAUCAUGCCAAAUGUGUAUCGUGCGCCCGAAGUCAUCUUAGACAUGGAAUGGAGUUAUGCCGUGGACAUUUGGAGCUUCGCAAUGACUCUUUUCAGUGCCAAGGGUAGUGAUGGUCAAUACUCUGAAAGCCACCAUCUUGCUCAGAUGGUGGCAAUCCUAGGUAAUCCACCUCCCGACUUUCUUGCGGCUUCUAAGAAGUCCGCCGAAUACUGGGACCAGGAUGGGAUAAGUCUCGACAGCUGCGAACAACGUCUUUCAGGUGCAGACAAGAAGAAGUUCCUAACGUUUAUGAGAAAAAUGCUUCGUUGGAAACCAGAAGAUCGUAGUGGUUGGCAGGACAUAUUCUUCGACGAAUGGAUGGUCGCGGACUUGAUCGAAUCUGGCGAGAUAGUGAGGGACGAC